AAACCUCCCGACUCCAGAUCCUAACGAUGAUCCCAAAGGUGGGAAAAGGCUUUAUCUCUGGGUCCUGCCUCUGGUCUUGUUUCUCUUCAUGGUCCUGGGCGGAGCAGCAGUCGCUGGAUAUUUACUGAGAUGCAAGCAUCAAAAGGAAAACUGAUGUCUGUCGCGGGCUUCAAGAAGCAGUUCCAUAAAGCCACCCAGAAAGUCAGUGAGAAGGUCGGAGGAGCAGAAGGAACCAAGCUCGACGAUGACUUCAAAGAAAUGGAAAAGAAGGUGGACAUCACCAGCAGAGCGGUGCUGGACAUCAUGACCAAAACGACAGAAUACCUGCAGCCCAACCCAGCCUCCAGAGCCAAGCUGAGUAUGAUCAACACCAUGUCCAAGAUCCGCGGGCAGGAGAAGGGCCCCGGGUACCCGCAGGCCGAGAGCGUGCUGGGGGACGCCAUGCUCAAGUUCGGACGCGAGUUAGGAGAAGAGUCGAGCUUCGGUCUGUCGCUGAUCGAUGCCAGCGAGUCGAUGAAGGAGCUCGGGGAGGUGAAGGAUGCUCUGGACAUGGAGGUCAAACAGAACUUCAUCGACCCGCUGCAGAACCUCCACGACAAAGACCUCAAAGAGAUCCAGCACCAUCUGAAGAAGAUGGAGGGCCGCCGUCUGGACUUUGACUACAAGAAGAAGCGCCAGGGGAAAGUCCAGGACGAUGAGAUCAAACAGGCGCUGGAGAAGUUUGACGAGAGCAAAGAGAUCGCAGAGCAGAGCAUGUUCAACCUGCUGGAGAGCGACAUAGAGCAGGUGAGCCAGCUGGCAGCACUGGUUCAGGCCCAGUUGGAAUACCACAGCCGCUCCGCCGAAAUCCUCCAACAGCUCUCCAGUAAAAUGGAGGACAGGAUAAAAGAAGUGUCCAAUAAACCCAGAAAGGAAUACGCUCCCAAACCCAGAAUGACCCUGGAGCUGCUGCCGCCCAGCGAGAGCCACAACGGAGGAAUACAUUCAGCCAAAUCACCCGGAAGAUCACCAGCCCCCCUGGACCAGCCCUGCUGCCGAGCGCUCUACGACUUCGAGCCGGAGAACGAAGGCGAGCUGGGCUUCAAAGAGGGCGACGUCAUCACCCUGACUAACCAGAUCGACGACAACUGGUACGAGGGCAUGAUCAACGGCCAGUCGGGCUUCUUCCCCAUCAACUACGUGGAUAUCCUGGUGCCGCUCCCUCAUUAGGUCCCGCCAAACGACCUGACCCUGAAACCCCUCGACCAAUCCAGACAACCCCCGAAAAAAAAUAGCCUGUAUUUGCAUAAACAACAAAACCACGCCCUCCUUCUACUUCUUCUUCUGUGCUUCUGUGCGAUUCUGCUUUCACAAAAAACGGACUGAGAUGGAGACGGGGUGGACGAGGCGAUUAGAGAAGAAGAAAGGGAGAGGAGGAUUUUAGCGUGAGAGCUGCAGAAGAGAGGUAGAAGAGAGGGAUCGAAGGGGACGAGAAGACCAAGAGAUGACCUUUUACAGCGCUCACUGAGUGAGCACUGGGCCGGGCAGCACUGGCUACCAGUGAGGCUUUGGAGACUUAAGGCACGGUGUAUAUGUACGUGCAUGUAUGUGUCUGUAUGUGCGUUUCAACCUGUUGUUACUCUAUAAUGACCGAGCCAGCACAAAGUCCUGCUUGUCAGUUAAACUGCCUGACAGCUGUCUUUUUCUUCUUCUCUUCUUAAGUUUCUUGCUGUUUUUCUUUCAGAGUACUUCUGUCUUUUCUACCUUGACUUGCCUUCCUGUGCUUUUCUUCAGCCUGGACUUCUCAGCAACUGUCUCAGUCUUCCCCUCUUCCUGUCCUUCUUUCUAUCCUUCCUUGACUAGCACUGCCUUUCAGCAUGGCUCCGUACUCUAUACAGGCCUUUAACCCAUGAUCCAGAGCCGUCUGCUUUUGUUCGGGUACAUCUGUACUCUUGUAACAUUCUCUGCCUUUCUCAGAGUCUGCAUAGAGUCUCAGCUCUAUAAUGGCUGUACGCAUGAACCAGCCAAAUCAGAAAUGUGAGUGUUACGACGCCCGUGAAAUGUAGUUUUCGGGAGUGCAUCUUUGGAAUAAAGCCGUAUCUGCAAUAAGUAGAUUUUUACAGAAUGGAGAAUACUCGGUCGCCGGUUUAUCUUCUGAUGGGCGAUCAUAAAGGUUUGAGGGUCAGGAAAUCCACGUAGAUAAACAUGUCAGCUAAAGAGAAAAAUAGGAGCAAAUAUUAGGAGACAGCAGCGAACACAACCAGCACAGGGCAGCUGUAUUGACCAGAACUUCAGAUAAGUCUAAUUAUUACAGUCUGCAUAGAGGAACAGAUGCUUGUUUUCCACCCACAGUGUUUUGUGUGUACAGUGUGGAGUAGAUGCUUGUUAACUUGUCUUAUUUGUGGCUUUUGCAUGCAGGACCGUGUGAACAGUGGUAGCCGUUCCAAACCUCCUGUUUCAAGUCCUUAAAUGUAGGGAGACCAAUGCUCAGCGUGUUCUUUAGACAACAGAAUAUCCUCCAUGAAGACAUUCUCACAGUGCCCUUAACUCCACUCAGCAUUCUAGAAUUCUAGAUGACCAAGUUCUGGAACCUUCAGAACCGUCUUGUUCUAGACUCUUUCAAACAUUCUAGCUAUUCUAGAACCUUCUAGGCAACAUUCUAGAACGUUGUUAGAUUCUUGGUGUGGAACCCGGGGAAUAUUCUGGAACCUUGACAGCAUUCUUGCCCAGAAAAUGAUCAAGAAAUGUCUUAUCAUUCCGGAAUCUUGGUAUUAUACUCGAAACAUUUGAUAAUGAUAGAACCCUGUUGACAUUUUGGGUCAUUUAAGUCUGUCGCGUUUGUUCCUACAUAGGUGAGAUCAGAACAUCCUAGAACUCUUGCUGACCAAAUUCAAAACCUUCUUUUUUCUUGGCAACAUUCUAGAACAUUAUUAGAUUCUUGGUGUGGAGCCCAAUGGAACAUUCCGGAACUUUGACAGCAUACUUGCCCACAGAAUGAUUUAAAAAAAAAAGCCUUAUCAUAUAUAUCAUCGUAUAGAAGUAUUUAUGGACCUCAUAAAUCAUCAGAACUUUCUAGAACUAUUGCUGACCAAAUUCAGAAGGUUCUUGCUUUUGAAUCUUUCAAACAUUCUAGAAACUUGCCAACAUGCUAUACACCCAGGGAACAUUCCGGAACCUUGACAGCAUUCUUGCCCAGAAAUUGAUCAAGAAACCCCUUUUCAUUCCAGAAUCUUGGUAUUAUACUAGAAACCUUGCAGUGUUCCUAUACAGGUUUAAUCAGAACAUUCUAGAACUCUUGCUGAUCAAAUUCUGGAACCUCCUUGUUUUAGAAUCUUUCAAGGGUUCUAGGAACUUGCCAACAUUCUGUACACCUUCUAGAAUGUCAUUAGAGUCUUUGUAGAACUCUUAAACCCCAGUGUGGAGUCCAGGGAACAUUCCGGAACCUUGAAAGCAUCCUUGUCCAGAAAAUGAUCUAGAAACGCCUUAUCAUUCCGGAAUCUUGGUAUUGUCCUCGAAACCUUUCAUCACUAUAGAAACCUGGUGACAUUUUGGAUCGUAGAAGUGUGUUUCUACACCUCAUAAACACCCUGCAGUGUUCCUAUGUAGAUGAAAUCUGAACUUUCUAGAACUCCUGCUGACCAAAUUCUGAAACCUCCUUCUUUUAGAAUCUUUCAAACAUUCUAGGAACUUGCCAACAUUCUUCAAGAACAUCAUAAGAGUCUUUGUAGACUUCUUAAACCCCAGUGGCCAGGGAACAUUCUGGAACCUUGACAGCGUUCUUGCCCAGAAAAAGAUCAAGAAAUGUCUCAUCAUUCCGGACUCUUGGUUACAUUCAAGAGACCUUUGAGCAUGAUUGAACCCUGGUGACAUUUUGGCUCGUAUAAGAGUGUUUUUUGGAUCCCAUAAACAUCCGGCACUGUUCUUAUAUAGGUGUAAUCAGAACAUUCUAGAACCCUUCACUCACUGAAACAUGAAAACAGGAUUCAGAACUCUUUAGAUACCCUGACAGCAUAUAAAAUCACAUUAGUUAGGUAAGAGGUCAGUAUUGGUGGCAAAUGUUCCCCGGGGUAUGCACCAUUACAGCAUAAAGAGGAGCUUGUUUAAUGGCUUUACCUUUUACUCCACCGCCGUUCUACUUAAUCUAUCAGAAGUGUUCUUUAUGAGGCAGUAUUACACAGUCUACUCUGGCAAAGACCUCAUGACAUAACAGUUGAUGUCAUUUAUUGUUAGAGGCUCUUUAAUAAUUCAACUAUUUAUAACUGAUUAUAGAUUAAAUUUUCACAUUUUAAUAGUGUAGAAGUUCAGGCUAUCUCUGCUCUGGCAAACAUAAGAAGCUAACAUCCUUGAGUCUUGUCAUUUACCAUACUAACAUUUUUUAAAUUAAAAUGGAACUUUAUGGAUAUUAUAUAAGAUAAUUCAUGCAUAGCCUGUAAAUUAAAAAGCUUUGGGUUUUUCUAUCCGGGCAAUAUUUAUUAUGUCGUCAAACAUCGGCAGGAAUCUGUGCUAGCAUGGCUAAUGCUAACGUGCUAGAUGUGGCUAACCAGCUACCCCUUCGCUUCACAUUCCCGCACUUGCAGUGUUGAGCAGAAUACUUAAAAGUGAAAGUAUUUAGUGCCUGAAUACUGAAUACCUCAUCCUACAAAUAACCUAUUCCGUUAAAACACAAAGAAAAGUUGCGUAUUUAGAGUUUAUUUGGGGAAACAUCGUAUAAAAGAAGGCAAAACAUUUUGACUUUUUGACACAUUUUCUGCCUUUUCCUUACUGUUUGAUGAUCAUUGUAAUGUAUUACAAUUAUUAUUCUAAUAUAUUACAAAAGAGGUUUAUGGGUUUGGACCAGACCACUGAAUAACAUGUAAACUCUGUUCUGUUUCGAACAAUUGAUUUAAAAAUGUUUACUUACAUGGGCGACUUUUCUUACAUUAAAUAGUUGUCAUUUUUAACAUUACAGGUAUGAGGUCUUAAAGUAUUCCUCUUAGAAAUAAUACAGUACCUUUUGGUGUUUAAAUAUGUACAGAUACGAUCUUUACAACAAGUCAAGAACGUCGAUUAACUGAUGGUCAUAAAAUGGUCUGAAAAUAUCGAUACACUUGCGUGUCGCAAUAUUCUGUUUUGUGAUACUGUAUUGAUUAUUUUUAGGUAAUAGUUGACAUAUAAAGAUCUGUAGCAGACAGAUUGCAUAAAACGUAGUCGCUGUUCUGAUUUUAUGUGUUUGGUGGUGUGUUCUUUAUACCAUGACAGGUUUCACAAUAUAUCACCUUGCUUACAAUAUCGCAAUAUAUGGCUGUAUAUUGGACAGUAACCCCUGUAUCGUGUUGCCAGAUUCUUGCCAAUUCACAGCCCGAAUUGUUCCGGUUUCUGACAAGUUGGUUGACAACAGUAAUAAUUUACCAGGUUAGCAUUGAUAAAAUGUUCGGUCGGUGGGUUGGAAAAGUUUCUUGAAGGCUCAAAUGCUAGUUUAGACAAAAGUAAUAAUAAGAACAAGUAAACAAAGCUACAUUUUUAACCAGAGACUUAACAAAAACACUCAAUACAAAGGCAAUAAAUGAGGAUAUAGGAAUAAAACUGAAUGUUAUAAUAAAAUAAAGGUGUGGCUCUGAAGGAGAAUCUCUUCCAUUGCCAAAGCACAAAUAUCUGACAGCUACAGUCACUAACAACGAUGUCUCUUAAUCUCUAAACGCUUCUCUCUAACGGUUUCCGGGGUUUCGGAGCACAGCUGUGUUCAGUGUUUUCUUUUUGAUUUCCUUCUGUUUGUUCUGAGUCUGAAACCUGAUUUCUCUGCCUGUGGAAAGUCUGUGAGCUGCAUGCACCUGAACCGCUUUACGUCUUUACGGCUGUUUGUUUGAGAUGGUUUUCCAAAAUAAAACGUCCUGCUGGAGCCUCUGUUAACUGAUACUCUGCAUUUUCUAUUGUCCAGUUACUGUAUUUAUUUUUUUAUCUUUAUUAACUCGCUUCUACAAAAUUACAAAGUGCUUUAAGACUUUUUUGAAUUCCCUUGAGUAUGUUUUGAUUUACUUGCACCUUGUCAGUUUUGUUUUUUUUGCUUUUUUGUUCUUUUUUUGUGUUUUCUUUGGCGCUGAUUUGCCCUCUAUGGCGACAUGUAUUCUAACCUCAAUGAGGGACUUGUACAGUGUUACGCUCUAUUUCCCCUUUUCACCUGAAUGAGAGUCGGACCUCGGCCAUGUUACGCUCUUUAAUUUAACUUCAGCUUCUCUCUCGAUGGUCAAAGCAAGCAGAGAAAUCCAAAUCAAACCUGCAGACUUCAGUUUUUUAGUCUGUUCUGCAGCUCUGGAAGCAGAAAUAGUCUCACUGGUUCAACUGAACUUCAGAAGAGUCCAGAUUACUUUUUUAUUCAUAUGCUGCUGAAUUUAUGUUUCUGAUAGGAUGGAAAAUCAGGAAAUCUUUGAUGUCAAAUCUCCAUAUUUCCCAUUUUGAGAGCAGAUUAAAAGGCUCACAGUCUUUGGGAUUACACUUUUAAAAAAGUACCUUUUGAUUGUAGAGUGGAAAAAAUCUGAAGGUAAUCAGCCAGGCAUUAUGGAAUUAGGCUGAAUUAAAUUAUUAGAUUUACAUUAUUAACCCGUAAAUAAACUAGUAACUACUGUCUCCUUGAUUCAACCAUUUAACAUUUUGGGAAAUAUGAUUAUAGGCUUUCUUGCUGAGAGUGAGAUGAGAAGGUUUAUACCGGGGAUGCAGUUAACCGAAAUAGUUAAAAUCCUUCAGAAAUGCACUUAUUUGCUUUAAAGCCACCAGGGGGCAGUGUUCCCGACUGUCCUCCAAUGAAAGCAGCUAGCAUGAGCUGCAAAAGUCUAAAAAUUGCCAAAAAAAAUGAAUAUUUUGCAUUAUUGUGUUGUUUAUUAAUCACUUCACCAGCAGUGUUGCUUAAGAAAUUAAGAUUUAUGAGCAGAUUUCUAAAAUGUCCUAAUAUCACAAAAUCUGAAAAACCAGCAGUGUUGCCAAAUUCGCAACUUUCUUGCUUGAUUUAGUGAUAUUUUAGACUCUCUAUUCAAUGUCAUGUCUUAAAGAAUGACAAAUUUAGCAAUAUGCAGAUGAGCAUGUGAUAUUAUUUGGCAAUUUUUAGACUUUUGGAGCAAAUCCUGGCUACAAAUAUGAAUUUUUUUGACAAUGAAGGUUCAAAUAGAUACAGCCAGCUCAGUCUUUCAUUUAAAAAAAAAAGAUAAAAGAUCUAGCAUUAAGUUUAACGAAAUUCUCUGAGUGAAUUUAAGUUAACUGCUAAACAGUUUGUGUAUAUGUCUCUUUUAUAGUGAAAGGUAAGAACGGAAGGAGUGAUUUUUUAACAUUUUUUUCAAUAUUUAAGAGUAAUGAACUGAUGACUGGCUAUGAUAUUAUCAUUUAUUUUUUCUUAUAUGAUCAGAGUUCUUUUUUAUUUAUCAUAAUGGUGUUUAUAUUGUUAUAUGUAACAAAAACAGAAACAAAACUGUCCAAAGCGCUGAAAUGCACAUCCGUGUGUCAGGGGCCUGGCUAAUAUCUGGAUUGCGUUAUUUUUCUAAGUUGUGAGACAGUUUAUAUCCGCGUUGCAUAAGUUGAUGCACAUUUAAUUACAUAACACGCUUUAUUACAUUCUUUUGAAGAACUUAACCCCCCUCUGUAGUUAAGUAUUUGUAAAAUAAUAACGAGAGCAGUUAGAUGUAUUUUUAAAAAUAAAUGUCUCGUCACAAUAUAUUUAACGUUUAUUUGAAUAUUCGCCUUAAAGCAGGAAAUGCGGGAUUGUUUUUGGAUUUAACGCCGUUAAACACUUGUUAAAAAUGCACAUUAAUUUAAAAUUACAUUCCAACAAUUAUCAGGCUUUUACACAGGCUGUGUUUGAUAUUUAAACAGUAAAUUAGGCUGACGUUGUUGAUAUUGUCGCCUCUCCAGAGAUUACUCGGAGCCCUGUGGAGCUAAGGGCGCGGAGCCAGCAGCGUGCUAGCAUUAGCAUGCUAACGCUGCUGCUUUACUGGCGCUUAUCUCGCUAUAAUCGUCUCAUUUUCUCCUUUUUUAGUUGAGUUUAGCGAACAUUUGCGCCUUUCUUUAAGCCCCGCCCCCUGAGGUUUACCUGAACCAAUGAGAUGUCUGUGCUGUAAAUGACCAGGUGAUGAUGUGGCCGUGGUCCGGCUGUGUUACAGUAAACGGUUUGCCUUGUGGCUGUAUAAAAUAGCCCCUUUGCCUAAUUAAAAAUGGACCCUGGUGUCUUCUGGUGAGCUACAUGUGUGUAUGUGAGUAUAUACACACCAUGUUGCUGUUUAUUUAUGUACUGUACGUAUUUAUUUAUUUAUUUAUUUAUUCCUACGUCCUAUUUGCCGGUUGUCGAUACAUUGGUGUGUGGCGUGGAGGAGGGGCGGGUGGGGGGCGUGGUCGCUGUGAUACUAACUAACUGUUGCUCUCCUCGUAUUGGAAGAUGAUAUAAUCUAAGACCACUGUAUGUAUAUCUGCUUGUCGUGAAGAUGAUCUACAAUGUAAUGACAAUAAAGAAUAACACUAUGAAGACAGACAACAA